AUGUCUGCGCGCGCCGGAGGGGCGACGCGGGCGUCGUCGGGGACGCCCGAGCUCGGGAUGGGGGUGUUCCCGCGCGCGCUGGCUGGGAAAGCGACGCGUCGGCCGGCGCGGACGUCCACCGAGGGUGGGAAGACGAUUCAUCUCGUCCGACACGGUCGAACGGAGAUGAACGAGUACCUGCGGGAGAAUCAUUGGGCGGAUCCGGGGUUUAAGGAUCCGAUGAUGAUCGACACGCGGCUCACGCGGGAGGGCGAACGGCAGGCGCGCGCGUUGGCGGAGAGAACGUCCAUGUUGGAACCGCGACCGGAACUCAUCGUGGCGAGUCCGUUGGGACGAGCGUUGAGAACGGCCGAGCUCGCGUUCGGGGAGAGUGGGGAAUACGCGGACGUCCCGCGCGUGGCGUGCGCGCUCGCGAGAGAGCGCGUGUUCCACGGGAGCGACAUCGGACGCGUGGCGCGAGAGCUGCGAGCGGAGCACCCGGAAUGGGAUUUUACGGAUUUGGGUGAUGAUGAGGCGUCGUGGUGGUACACGCCCGAGGGACGAGAUCCGUUCACGACAGCCGAGCUCGAGCCCGUGGACGUGUUCGAGCGGCGCAUGGAGGCGUUCCGCGAAUGGUUAGACGCCAGGCCCGAGCGCACGAUUGCGGUCGUCGCGCACUGGGGUGUGUGUUACUCCUUCACUGGAGACGAAUUUCAAAACUGCGAACUUCGCACGCUCGAUUUCGACAGUGAGGUCAUCGCCGGAAACGGGAGCUUUAAGAAGUUUGACGUCUUCCUCCAGGACAACAUCUUCGGCGUGAUCGCGCGCGCGGUCGUAAAUUUAAAACAGAAAUUAUUCUAA